GUAAAACAUGGCACCCAAGAAGAUUGAACCAAAGAAACCUGAGCCCAAAAAGCCAGAGCCCAAGGCCUCCCUGGCCUCUAAGCUGUCUCUGACUCCUGAACUGCUGCCAGAUCAUCCCAAGGAACCUGACUUCGAUCCCAAGAGCAUCACCCUUGAGUACACCGCCGAUCAAAUCGAGGAGUUCAAGGAGGCGUUCACGUUGUUCGACCGAACGCCAAAGGGUGAGAUGAAGAUCACGUAUGCCCAGUGUGGGGACGUGAUGCGGGCACUCGGCCAGAACCCGACCAACGCCGAUGUGCUCAAGGUGCUCGGGAAGCCGCGGCCAGAGGAGAUGAGCUGUAAGAUGGUGGACUUUGAGACGUUCUUGCCCAUGCUGCAGCACAUUUCCCGGGCCAAAGACCAAGGCAACUUUGAAGACUUCGUGGAGGGCCUCCGAGUGUUCGACAAGGAGGGCAAUGGCACCAUCAUGGGCGCCGAGCUGCGCCACGUUCUGGCGACGCUCGGUGAGAGGAUGACGGAAGACGAGGUGGACAGACUCAUGGCUGGACAGGAGGAUGCCAACGGGUGCAUCAACUACACCUCUUUUGUGAAGCAUAUUCUCUCCGGAUGAAUGUUGAAUUGCAAAGACUUCUACCAGUUCCCGUCAUCAUGGACCGGUAUUUUAACAUUUGUGUUCACCAGCCACGAGGCCUGCACUGUCUUUGGGAAAUGUGUAAUGAAAUGCCAAUGAGAUACACUGGACAUCCGUUUAAUAAAGGGAAUUGUAUCACAAA